GAUGAAUUAUAUUGACCAUAGACAUGUAGGCUAGGCUAAUAUGCCUAGACCCAUGUUUGCACUUUUAACGUAGGCUACAGCGUGAUGAGGUCAUAGAUCGGAGGCGGAGGCGGAGUUACCGCCUCACAUCAGGAAAUUCAUUGUACAGUCUCCUGUGGUUCGGUUGGGUUAACGAUGUAAACAAAAGUAGUUAGUCCCACUGAAAGUAGCUAAUGUUAGCUGCUACGGUUUGCUAACAAUGUUAGAAACGUUAAUGACAUGCUUACUGCACUUAGGCUUUGCGACAAUCUAAAGUAAGUUGCUGUAACGUUAGUUACGUUACUUAAUUUCAACUCACGCAAUUUAACUGACGUCGUUGCAGCUUUGUUUUGUUUAGCUAGUAACGGUAAUGCUGUCCCAGAGGUUGCUUUGUAAGUUAACGUGAGGCAAGUUAACGUUAAGUUAUUUAACUACAAGGCUUGAUAAACACUGACAGUAUCACUUCCAGAUGGAGGCUUCUUUGGGAUCUCUGCAGAAUCCUGACCUAAGCUCUGUCCUGUCAUCAUGUGAGCCAGAGCUUCAGGAGCUGAUGAGACAGAUUGACAUUAUGAUCAAUCGACAGAAGAGGGAGUGGGAGGCUGAGAUUCAGGCCAUGGAGCUCAGGCUGAAAAGUGGGGAAGAAGAGCUGUUGACUUCCAGGGAUCUCAUUGAACGGAGGAACUUGGAGAUCGGAUUGCUCCGCAAGCAGCUAGAAGAAGUCCAGCCCGGUCGACAAGAGUUAGUUACCAAGUAUGAGCAGCAACUGCAGAAAGUCCGAGAAGAGUUAGAUAAAUUAAAGAGAAGUUAUGUCAAGCUUCAGCGCAAACAGCUCAAGGAGACCAAUGGAGUAGCAAAUACCAAAGAGGCAGAUGGUUCAGAGGUGACCCGACUCAAUCAAAAGAUUGAGGAAUAUCACCAGCACUCUGUAGAGUGGGAGCAGCAGCGUAUCCAGUACCAAAAACAAGUGACAGUGCUGGAGACCCAAAAUAAGAGCCUGACUGAUGAGCUCACACACGUGAAAUCCCAGUGGGCAUUGUGCCAAAAGGAGAAGGGUUUUGAGAUGCAGCGUCUGCGUACGCAGCUGGAGAAGGCUCAGGGCAGCAUGCACUCACAGGAGCUUGAACUGGAACGCCUCCGACCGCUCAAGAUAUGGCUGGGACAGAACCAGAGAGAGCAGCAGGUCAGCAGAAUGGUCCCUGCAGAGGAAAGGGAGGAACUGGUAUCCCAGAACACAUUAGAGCGAAGAGCCGGUCUUGAACUCCAAAGGCUUCUCAAUGGAGCUGCCAGACUCAACCAAGCGCUGCAAGCUAAAGAUCAAGUCAUUCGCUCUCUGGAGGACUGCCUCGCAGCGCAGGACUUUCCUGGUGUGGAAGUCCUCAGACAAGAUCUGGAGAAGACCGCAAUCAGGUUUUACUGCGCCGAAGCAAGCGAGGCUCAUCUUAGGGCUGAACUGGCAUGUUUGAAAGAGAGACUGGAGAGAGUGAGCGGACAGAAGACGGAGGACCUGAGGAGCGUUAAGGCACAAUAUGAUUCCUCUGUUGCUGAAAUGAAAAAGCUCCGAGAAGAGCUCCAGAGGGCCAGGCAGACUCACAGCGGUGAGGUGGAAGGAAUGAGGAAGGAGGUGUCUAAGCUGACCACCGAGCUGCACCAACGUGACGUCACCAUCGCCACACUGAAAGCAUCCAGCAUCCCGCCGCAGCUCCGUGGCCAGGUGGAGCGAGCCGAACCGAAAGCAGCUGAGCUCAGAGAGCCUCUGUCAGUGUCACCUGCAGAGAGCAUGGUCUCUCAUUUCCUGGAGGAAGAGAGCUUUCUGGCCAAGGAGCUGGUCCAGAGACUGGACACCCACAUCCAGGGUAUGAGAGAGAACACUGAUGACAUAGUGUCAAAGUACCUGCCAAGUGGCUCAGGGCCCGAGUCUGCCCAGACUUCAGCACAGAAUAGUUAGUGAUGGAGUAAGGUGAAAUAAAUCUGAAAAAUGUGCCUUGAACAGCAGUGUGGAGGACUGUGUGCUUGUUCUGAAUUAGAUCGCGGUGAAGAGAAUGACAUUUGUGGGGCAUUUGGUGUGUGCCUCCAAUGAAUGAAUUUUAGAGACAUCUUUUCUUUUCUUUAACAGAGUUUGCACAGUUAAGUUCAGUAUGGCAGCGCAGAGCUUUGAGUUCACCUGAGUGUUCAUAAGAACUGUCAAAGGGAGGGCUUGUACUUCAAAAGUUCCAGUGAGCUCUCAGGCUGUACAGUGCUGCGGCCCACUCCGUCCCUACAGCGUGGCCCAUGUUGUAUGAGGUUAUGCAUAUGACAUAAUAUUUGUCUUUCAUGGCUGAUUUGCUCAGAUAGCUGUCUGUGAUUUUUUUUCUUGUUCUGUUUAUCAUGUAUUUAUUUGAUCUGUGUGGCAGCAGCUUUGAUUCGUUUUCACAUAAGGUAAAAAAAAACCUCCCUGUCACAUCUUCAAAAACUAGCAAAAGCUGAUUAAACGCUUUGCAUCACCUUGUCUUAUGCAGCUGAUGAGCAUACUGUCCCUGUCCUGUGCCUCCAUAAAAUGUAAAAAAAAAAAAAAAAAAAGCCCAGUAGUCUGCAUUUGUAAUCUGAAAAAA